AUGAAGGUGCUGAGCGGCUGCCUGCAGAGUAAGAACCUGGAGACCUGCUGCACCGGGGCGUCUGCGCUGUGGGCUCUGCUUCACAACAAUCAGAGGGCCAAGGCGUCCUUAAAGUGUCCCUUGAUUCGAUUGAAGCUUGAAGAAGCGUAUACCAGCACUAGAAAAGACAAAGCCCAGAAGGAAAACCCAAUGAGAAUCUACCUAAUGAAGUGCCUCGAAAACCUCUCCCAGCUGUUGAAAAACUAA